UGAUUUGUUUUAUUCAUUUUUCAGAGAGAGAUUGUACAGUACAUGCACUAGAAUGGGUGUUUGUGUACUGCUGAUGUACUUGCUUGUACAUAUAUCUGAUCAAAUAUCUGAUAUCCUCACAGCUUUGAUAUAUUUGGCUCAGGGUUAUCUAGUGGAAGGGGUUGCUACCCUAUCCCUAGUAUAUCUUCCUGGUUUAGUUGUUCUCCUCUUAGAGUUGAAAGAAGCCCUGCGAGGGAAGGGAAAUAUAUUCAGAGGAGUACUGUACAUGAUAUUCAGCCCGGUUUACACUUGGAUAACAGUACUGUACAGUUUAUAUCAUACAGAAUGGAGAGAGAAAGCAAUGUUCCUUGUGGUUCUAGAAGGAUUCUUAGCCGCAGCUCCACAGCUAGUAUUACAGCUUAGUCUUUGGUUCAAUGGUUCUCUAACUGCUCCUGCUCUGGCUGUACUAGAUGAAUUACCCGGAGUAGUGGAGAACCUCAACCCGUCCUUCAACUCCAAUCAAACCCAUGGAUUUCAGUUUCUUGGUCGUGAGUACUCCGGGACAACUAUAUGUGUACUUGGAUUAAUUCAAGUUGUCAGUAUUCUCUGUAGUUUUAUAUCAGUUCUUGCAUCAGGUGUUUAUUUUAACGAGCUGGAAACCAGAUUUUGUCACACAGGAUCAGCUUUCAGAAAAUGUGUCGGAAUUCCAUUUUUUGUUUCCACUAUUUUGUUCCGGGCUCUUGCUUUAUCAUUAGUAAUCUGUAUCCUGCAAUGGUGGAGUUCAAUGAUUAUUUUCAUAUUUUUCUUUGUAACAGUGUUGACUAGCCUCUGCGCUGGAGAUAGGUUCGGUCGUUCAUGUCUCUACGGUGUUUGGUGCAGCCUAGUUCCUGUAGGAUUCUCAAGGGACCCACUUGAAUCUUUGGGCUUUAAAGUUUAUCAUGAAUAUUCAAUAGCUGAAUGUGCUGAAACUAACAGUGAUUCUUCGUUCCUCAAGAAAAGAGCUCGCUACUUUCUCAACAGCCACAGCAUCAUUAAUAUAGUGCUUCUUCUACCAGCAUUAAUACUAGCUACUGUACUAGCUAAUCAGGCUGGUCCUUACCAGAUUCUGAAAAUAAACCAUUCUUUUAUACUACCCAUUCAAUGGAUUAAUAUAGCGGUUAUACCAGGUACUGGAAUAUUACUGGGUAUCUCCCUGCUAUUAAGCCCUGUUUAUCAGUCCUGGAUAUUCCGAGAUAUCAAGGCAGUGACCUCUCUUUAACAAUAAUGUUAUUGUCAUAAAUUAUGAUAUGUUUAUUAUGAAUUAUGAAUUAUGAAUCAUGAUUUAUGAAUUUAAUGCAUAAAUAUAACUUGAAUAUUA